UACACAAACAAACAGCUACAGAAAAAAAAUACACACAUUACUUGGAAUAAUAUGGCAAGCUUGCAGCAGGGGAGUGGUGGAGGGAACAGCAACCGUAUCGUUGCGGUGGCGGAGACACCGCCUCCCGGCGGUGAUUGGGCGGCUGGAAAUAAAGAAUUUGGUCAGGAAGAAGAAGUGCAGCAGAAACCAGGAUGGAAAAAGUUCUUGCAGCAUGUUGGCCCUGGUUUCUUGGUCUCACUGGCUUACCUUGAUCCUGGAAAUUUGGAAACUGAUUUGCAAGCGGGAGCAAACCACGGCUAUGAAUUGUUGUGGGUGAUCCUAAUUGGUUUGGUGUUUGCCCUCAUCAUUCAAUCACUUGCAGCAAAUCUAGGAGUCAGCACCGGCAAACAUUUGGCGGAGCAUUGCAAGGCUGAGUAUCCAAUAUUUGUUAAAUACUGUUUGUGGAUUCUGGCUGAGCUUGCCGUCAUAGCUGCUGACAUCCCAGAAGUGAUUGGGACGGCAUUUGCACUUAACAUAUUGUUUAAGAUACCAGUGUGGGUUGGGGUUCUCUGCACCGGGUGCAGCACUCUACUCUUGCUCGCCCUACAAAGAUAUGGCGUGAGGAAGCUGGAGUUGUUGAUUGCCAUAUUAGUAUUCAUAAUGGCAGCAUGCUUUUUUGGAGAAUUAAGCUAUGUGCAGCCCCCAGCUAAAGAAGUUAUGAAAGGAAUGUUUGUGCCGAAGUUGAGUGGCCAAGGCGCCACCGGUGACGCCAUCGCACUGCUUGGCGCCCUCGUUAUGCCGCACAAUCUUUUUCUUCAUUCUGCUUUAGUACUGUCGAGAAAGAUACCUAACUCUGUUCGUGGAAUCAAUGAUGCUUGUCGAUACUUCUUGAUCGAGAGUGGAUUUGCCCUUUUUGUAGCUUUUUUGAUAAAUGUGGCCGUUAUUUCUGUGUCGGGAACUGUUUGCUUGGCAGAUGAUCUCUCAAAUGAAAACUCAGACAAUUGCAGCGACUUAACACUUAAUUCCGCAUCGUUCCUUCUCAAGAAUGUUUUGGGGAAAUCAAGUUCUAUGGUUUAUGCGAUUGCAUUGCUCGCCUCGGGCCAAAGCUCCGCUAUCACCGGCACCUAUGCAGGACAGUUCAUCAUGCAGGGUUUCUUGGAACUUAGGAUGAAGAAAUGGAUAAGAAAUUUGAUGACAAGGUGCAUUGCAAUAACACCAAGUCUAAUAGUGUCUAUAAUUGGAGGAUCUUCAGGCGCUGGUCGACUCAUCAUUAUUGCAUCGAUGAUAUUAUCGUUUGAGCUUCCUUUCGCUCUAAUCCCACUUCUUAAGUUCAGCACGAGCGCCACCAAGAUGGGACCUCACAAGAACUCUAUCUACAUCAUAGUGUUUUCAUGGAUCCUAGGGCUGGGGAUCAUAGGCAUCAACAUCUAUUAUUUGAGCACUGCAUUUGUGGGUUGGCUUAUUAGCAAUGACUUGCCAAAAGUGGGGAAUGUGUUCAUUGGAAUAGUAGUGUUUCCUCUUAUGGCAAUCUAUAUUAUCUCAGUCAUCUAUCUCAUGUUUCGAAAGGAUAGAGUUGUGACAUUCAUCGACCCCACCAAGCCGGACGUGAUUGCCCAAGCCGGUCGGAUGGAAAAUGGGCAUCAAGGAGGAGUUGAGAUGCAGAAUCCACCAUAUAGAGAGGAUCUAGCUGAUAUCCCAUUGCCCAACUAGACAUCUUUCAAUGCUGGUGCUAGUGUUUGUAUUGGUGCUUGUGCUUCGUUAUAUGUUGAAAAAAAUUUGUAGCAUAAAUGAAGUGGUGUGAAUCAUAUUAGUUUAAUAUUCUAUGUUCCCAUUUUUGGGCUCCUUUCAUGUGUAAAACACAGUUUGAUUAAAUAAGAAAGGCAAAGUUUUGUUGUUUA